AUGGCCUAUCCGCAACGUCCCGCGCAGAGGCCGCCGCCUCUCAGGCAGUACGACAAUCCGCCCUCUGCCCCAGCCGCAGCCCCGGGCUACCCACAAGAUGGUUACUUUGGCCAAGGAUAUGGCGACGGUGGUUAUGGCGCGGAUCAUCAGUACGGCGACGCAGGCUAUGAAGAUGCGGCUUACAGCCAGCGCUCUGGCUCUUCGGCCUCGUAUCGAUCCCAACCACGACCGAUGCGCCCGCCGGGACCCCCGGCCCCAGGCUACGGCCGACCCCCGAAUGGAUAUGAUAGUCGACGCGGACAUCCUCGCGAUAGACCACCGCCGCAGAAGCGGUCAAGGCCUCGCCGUCCGGGCCCAGGCGAGAACCUCGAUAAUCCGUUCCCCUCGUUCCCCCCCAAAGACCGCCGCGCUCCUCCGCCGCGAGGCUUAGAGAAGAGCAUGGCCACCAUGGAUAUCAAUGGCCGAGGCCCUCCUCAGCCACAUACUUCGAAUGGAAGGCGACCGGAUAUGCGACAUCCGCCCCCGCGCGGGCCACCACCGAGCCGGGGCCGAGGUGGUUAUUAUCCUGCAGGCCCCGUACGGUCCGCGAGUGCAGGGAGGCCGGAUCGGCCUGAAAGGUCGUACACAGACCCAAAUGGCCCUUUCAUGCCACCUCCGAGUCGAAGCGCAACCAUGCCGGUGUCCGGAGAUCCACCUAGGGCUCCUUUGUACCCGGGACAAUCGACGUAUCAAGACCCUGGUUACCCGCUCCCUGCCAUUGGUGACAUGCCGCCGCGCCCUAGCACUGCUGGUGGGCUGCGGUCAGGGCGGCCCCGCGGAAAUGAGCGCGAUCCGACGUUGAUGAUGCCCCCUCCCCCCGAUCCACCCAACCGUGUGUCAUAUGCGCCUAAAGACUUCCUGGAUAGCUAUUAUGACUCGCAUGAUGAACCCGACAUGCCCAAUUUCGAUGCUAUGCCGACAUCUGGGCGGAUGGGGCCAAUCGAUGAGAUGGGACUGGACACACCCGCGCCGCGCUCUCAGUCUCAUCCCGAUUUGCGAAAAGGCAACACACCCAAUCAGUUCGAGAAUGCGGGCUUCCAGUUUGAUAUCCCCGGCGAGCCUUCUCCCGUCGCUGCGUUCCAACAGGACCAGGGGUCAGACCCCCAGCAGAACCCCGAUGCCUUGCCACACCAUCCAGUUCCUUUCCGACCCGGCCAUGAUCAAUCAUCAAGACCCGCUCCGGUACGACAAUAUGCCAAUGCUGCAAAUCCAGCUCAAGCUCCUGCAGCUCCCCAGCCGAUGCCGCCCGGCGAAAUGGGACCCACGCCUGUCACGCACGAAGAACUGCAACGGCUACAGCAGCAGGUGCGAAGCAAUCCCUCAGACCAAAAGACACAGCUUCUUCUCGCCAAGAAACUGGCCGAGGCAGCUACGGUGCUGGUGGGUGACAACAGCCGACUCGACCCUAGAACUAAAGCCAAGGCCAAGGAAAAGUAUGUACUGGAUGCAUAUAAGAUUGUGAAAAAGCUUGUGUCGAUCGCAAACCCGGAUGCGCAGUUCUACUUGGCCGACUGCUACGGUGAAGGUCUACUAGGACUGGAAGUUGACCCCAAAGAGGCGUUCCAGCUGUAUCAGUCCGCCGCCAAACAGGGCCACGCGCAGUCCGCCUACCGUGUCGCUGUCUGCUGCGAGAUCGGCCAGGAAGACGGUGGCGGAACUAAACGAGACCCCUUUAAAGCCGUUCACUGGUAUAAGCGCGCCGCGGCACUGGGCGAUACUCCGGCCAUGUACAAGAUGGGCAUGAUUUCGCUGAAGGGCCUGUUAGGGCAGGCCCGCAGUCCCCGAGAGGGUGUCUCGUGGCUCAAACGGGCGGCCGAACGCGCCGACGAAGAGAACCCGCACGCCCUCCACGAACUGGCGUUGAUGUACCAAAAUGCCAGCGGCAACGACAUCGUCGUCCGCGAUGAACAGUAUGCUUGCCAGCUCUUCCACCAGGCGGCGGACUUGGGUUACAAAUUCUCCCAGUUCCGGCUCGGUACCGCUUAUGAAUAUGGCUUAAUGGGAUGCCCUGUCGACAACCGCAUCAGUAUUAUAUGGUACACGCGAGCUGCGGCCCAGGGUGAACACCAGAGUGAACUCGCCCUUAGCGGCUGGUACCUAACCGGGUCCGAGGGCAUUCUGCAGCAGAACGACACCGAGGCAUACCUGUGGGCCCGCAAAUCUGCCACGGCUGGUCUGGCCAAGGCCGAGUAUGCCAUGGGAUACUUCACUGAAGUCGGCAUUGGUAUUGCCGCUAACCUGGAAGAUGCAAAACGAUGGUACUGGCGUGCAGCAGCCCAAGGAUUCCCCAAGGCCCGGGAACGUCUCGAGGAUCUCAAGAGGGGUGGAGGCCGCAUGCAGAAGACCCGUCUCUCGCGCUCUGCCGUCAGCAAGCAGAGCGACGGAGACUGUGUUGUUAUGUAA